AUGGGACUAUUAUCCGUGGAGCAAAAGUAUAAUAUUAUUCUGAUGGCCGAAAGGCAUCCGAGAUGGACUCAGUUAGAACUGGCACGGUGGGCUUACGAAGCGUACCAAUUGCCAUCCUGUCCGUCUCAAGGAACCAUCUCUCGGCUUUUAGCUCGCAAAAGUGUGCUAAUGAACUCCAAAGAGCACGAAAAAAGCGCUAACCGACUGAGGAAGCCCAAUAACCUACUGGUUCGCCGCAUUCUACAAGAAUGGGUUUCUCAAAGUAUUUGGAAUGGGAUACCCAUCACACCUCCAAUUAUACAGGAUACCGCCCAAUCCGUAUGGCACCGUAUACCGAGUGAGCAUCGAGAAGGUAACGGGUCCUUCACUUACAAGUGGAUCACCCACUUUUUGUCCAAAAUGGACGUUAACAUUACAAACUUGGAUGAAGAACUCCCAAAGCCACCUAAGGUAUGGACUUUUGAAGAAAGAAAUGUAUUAAAGGAGUACCUAGCAAAGAUUCCCGCGCGAGAUCUGUUCACCUUGGAUGAAACUUUUCUGGCCUAUAACUUACCCAUGGACAACGCGCAGUACGAAACCAGCCAAGUUCAACGACGAAUUGGGGUCCUUACAGUUAUGCUUUGUGCUAACCUUGAUGGCUCUGAGAAAAUGAAUCCUCUAGUAAUCGGAAAGUAUGAAAAUUAUCAGAGUUUUCGAAAUCAAUUCGCCAACGAUCCUCCUGAUAAUGCAUCACAAACGUCCUUAGGCGAAAGAGUGGCUCGCAAAUUUUCGUUGACGUUUCAUAGCAACCGUAAAUCCUGGCUCACAAGUAAUCUGUUCCACGAUUGGUUAGUAUGGUGGGACAAACGACUUGUCGUUGAUAACAGGAUCAUUUGCAUUGUUUUGGACGAUUCGUGUUCUCAUCGCAUAAUCAACCUUCGACUCAAAAAUAUUAGGUUGGUAUAUACCUCUGCUAACAGUAAAUUUUUACCUUUUAACUGGGGGGUAUUGGACGAAUUCAAGACGCACUACCGCGUUCAACAAUACGAAGCUCUUAUUGACUUGCAAGAAAAAAUUGCGAAGAAGACAGGGGUUAAGAAGGUAUUGACUUACGAUCAAAGUGCACUAAACAUGUCCAACGCUUUUAAGUUAAUUGAGAAAUCGUGGGAUGCAAUACCUGCGGAUACCAUAAAAGCGAAUUGGAAGAGUUCCGGUAUUUUGCCUCAGCAUAUGAUUCAAUUAAAUGAGAGUGUCAGCAUGGCAUUUAAAAAAAACGAGGCAUUGGAAAGAAAACUCUACGACGUCAGUAAGAGAUUCCAUUGCGUUAAGCAAUGGGAUUAUGAUAUUUUACUCGACUUGAACAUUGAAAAUAAGAACACAAAUUUUUUGAGCUCCGAAGAGAUUGUUGAAAGCGCCAUUGUGGACGACUGGGAGCCAGAGCCAAAAAAAGGGACUUAUGAGGACGACUAUGGCUCUGGGGGCUUUACUCUGGAUGCUUUUGGUCCAGGGGACGUGGGCACCGACGCAUUUGGCCAAGUCGUUAAUAUAGACCCCAACUCCGACAGCGGAGUAGAUAGAGAUCUUCUUGUAAGCGACGUCAUAGACAACACAAGCGACUUAUUCUCUACAACAGUUCUUCCGUCACCUGACGAAGGAGAAAAUCUCGGAAGCACCACUGUUCAACCGCAGCCUGUCCCUACUCACAUUUAUUCCACCCCCAGUGCAGCAUCUACCGCCACGGCUUAUUUAGAUGAGGUUUUCAAUACUCUUCCACAAAACUCAUCUGUGGCGCAACCCGCCAAUCCACUACCUCCACAUACACAAAAUUCAAUACCAGACAGCAAUUCACCAGCCUCUAACAGCUUACCACCGAACGAUUUUCUAGCCUUAAAUGAUCCUGACUUAAAUUUGGGCAACGAUUUUGACCUCGAACCAGUUCAUGAUUAUCUUGGGCAAUCCAAUGCUAAUCAACGUGAACCAGGUUUCGGUAAUCAACGCCUUGUGAUUAUGACUACCCUACAAACCAAUAUUGAUAUUGCAAAAUCCAUGGGGAAUAUUCUAAAGCAUGCAGAGUUUAGAGAAGUUGGAUUGUCGGAUCGUGCCUUGGGUGAGCUCAGAUUCAGCUACAAUAACUGCUUAAAAAAAAUCAGGAAAGCAAAACAAGCGCUGAGUAAUACUGAUAAACGACAGCGAAGCCAGCGGUUGGAGCGUCAAAUGAUACAACAAGAACAGUCAUUGAUAUCUCAAGGUUCACAACCUGCUGCCAAACUGCAUAAUCAAGUGGAUAUGGUGCCGGGCCUUGGGAUGGGGAGCAAUGCCUUUUUUGGAGGUUUUUCGCCUAAUCCACCAAUGGACAUGUCCUCGCACUUACAAAAUGGCCCAGAAACUCGCAGCCCAAGAUCAUCCUAA